GGCCUGAACGCGGCGAAGUCGCUGUGGCCCCAGCUGCUCGGAGCGCUGCGGCGCGGCGGCGCGGGGGAGGCCGGGCUGCUGGCGAAGCUGCCGGAGCUGCUGGUGGCGUUGCCCACCUCCGCCUGGGGGCCCGGUCGGGGCGAGGCGGUCCUGCAGACGCUCCUGGAGGCUCUGCACAAGCCCCGCACGCCCGCGGUCCAG